AUGGAAACCUUUCCUGUUCUCUGUUUGAUAUAUUCAGCAGCUUUUGCAUUGUGUCUUGUCGCUUCUGCUCUUGCACAAGACCAAUCAGGUUUUAUAAGCAUCGACUGUGGAAUCCCAAGUGGAUCAUCCUACAAAGACGACACAACGGGCAUAAACUACGUCUCAGAUUCAUCCUUUGUCGAAACAGGAGUCUCCAAAUCUGUUUCCUUCACAGCUCAAAGACAGCUUCAAACCCUUAGAUGCUUUCCCGAAGGUGCAAGAAACUGCUACACGCUGACUCCAAAGCAAGGGAAAGGCAAGAAGUACCUCGUAAGAGCCAGUUUCAUGUACGGUAACUACGAUGGAGAGAAUGGUUCUCCAGAAUUUGAUCUGUUUCUCGGUGGAAACAUCUGGGACACUGUCUUUCUCACCAAUGGAUCGGUCGUUGUAUCCAAAGAAGUCGUUUACUUGAGCCAAGCAGAGAGAAUCUUUGUCUGUUUGGGUAACAAAGGCAAAGGAACUCCAUUUAUGUCGACGCUAGAGCUUCGGUUUCUCGGCAACGACAAUACGACGUAUGAUUCUCCAAACGGUGCUCUCUUCUUCUCCAGACGCUGGGACUUUGGCUCUCUUAUGGACUCACCCGUCAGAUACGAUGAAGACGUGUACGAUAGAAUCUGGAUACCUAGAAACUUUGGAUACUGCAGAGAGAUCAACACCUCGCUUCAUGUGACCUCAGAUGAUAAUAGUUACAACCUUUCAAGUUUGGUGAUGAGCACAGCGAUGACUCCAACGAACACAACGAACCCCAUCGCAAUGACUUUAGAAAACAGCGAUUCAAACGUUAGGUACUUUGCUUACAUUCACUUUGCCGAGGUAGAAGAUCUUAGCCUCAAACCAAACCUGACCAGAGAGUUCGAUAUCCGAAUCAACGGAGUCACAGUUCAUGCUGCCUUCAGUCCCAAGUAUCUUCAGACAAAUACUUUUGUUCUAAACCCUGAGAGCCAAACAGAUAUUGUGUUUUCUCUUGUGAGAACCUCCAAGUCUACUCUUCCACCAAUUAUUAACGGACUAGAGAUCUACAUCGCAAAUAGUUUCUCUCAAUCUCUUACUAACGAAGUAGACGUCAACGCGGUUACGGGUGUAAAGACAAGCUAUAAAGUGAAGAGAAACUGGCAAGGAGAUCCUUGUAUGCCUAAUGACUACCUUUGGGAAGGACUUAACUGUAGUUAUGAUAGUCUUACUCCUCCAAGAAUCACAUCAUUGAACUUAUCUUCUAGCGAGUUAACUGGUCAGUUAUCGCCGUCCUUCUCCAACCUCACAAUGAUUCAAGAGCUAGACUUAUCAAACAAUGGCUUAAGCGGAGAGAUACCAGAGUUUCUGACAAGACUGAAGUUCUUGAGAGUUUUAAAUCUAGAGAAAAACAAGCUAACAGGUUCAGUUCCAUCCGAGCUAUUAGAAAGAUCAAAGACAGGAUCACUCACCUUAAGGGUUGGGGAGAAUAAAGGACUCUGCAGCGAGAUUUCUUGCGGAAAAAGCAACAAAAAAACACUAGUGACCGCGUUUGCGGCAUCAUUUACAGCAUUGUUCAUUCUCCUGUUGUUGUCUGGUGUGUUUUGGAAGAUCAAGAACCGAAGAAAGAAGUCUGUAAACUCUGCGGUUGUGAAGGCAAAAUCAGAGAACAAGUUACUGUUUACAUAUGAAGACGUUGUGAAGAUGACAAAUAACUUCGGUCGUGUCCUCGGCAGAGGAGGGUUUGGAACAGUCUACCAUGGCUACUAUAACAACCUUCAAGUCGCUGUUAAACUUUUAUCAGAAACAUCAGCUCAGGGAUUCAAAGAGUUUCGCUCCGAGGUUGAAGUUCUUGUGAGGGUUCAUCAUGUAAACCUCACUGCACUCAUCGGCUACUUCCACGAAGCUGAUCAAAUGGGGUUGAUCUAUGAGUUCAUGGCUAAUGGAAACAUGGCUGAUCAUCUCUCUGGAAAGUAUGACGGUACAUUGAGCUGGAGACAAAGGCUUCAGAUUGCACUCGAUGCAGCACAAGGUCUUGAGUAUCUUCACUGUGGAUGCAAACCUCCUAUAGUUCACAGAGAUGUGAAGACUUCGAACAUAUUGUUGAACGAAAAGAACAGAGCUAAGCUUGCGGAUUUUGGACUCUCGAGGAGUUUUCAGACAGAGAGUCGAUCUCACGUAUCUACUCUUGUCGCUGGAACUCCUGGAUAUCUCGAUCCGCUAUGCUUUGAGACAAAUGGGCUAAACGAGAAGAGUGACAUUUACAGUUUUGGAGUUGUUCUGUUGGAGAUGAUUACGGGCAAGACUGCGAUCAGUGAGUCGCAGAGGAAGCGUGUUCAUGUGAGUGAUUGGGUGAUAUCGAUCUUGAAGUCUACUAAUGACGUGAACAAUGUUAUAGAUUCCAAAAUGCCUAAAGAUUUUGAUGCGAACUCUGUUUGGAAAGUUGUGGAGCUUGCGCUGGCGUCUGUUUCACAGAACGUUUCUGAGAGGCCAAACAUGCAGCAGAUUGUUAAAGGACUGAAUGAGUGUCUUCAAAGAGAAGAGUGUGACAAGAAUUAUUGAUGUCAACACCACAAGUGUGUAGAAGUAAAGGGGUUGGAAAUGUAAAAUGUGGAAAAUUUGGGGGUGUUUUUGUAAGUUUGUGCUGUGUAUCUUA